CUGUCUCUGGUUUCUGCUUAUAAAUUAUGGGAAAAGCAACCCCUUCCCUCUCUCUCUCUCUCUCUCUUCGUGCUUUGAAUUAUUAUUGUUAGAUUAAUCAUGGUAAUGCCCCCCACUAGCAUCAUAACUAACAUCUCACUCUUUCUCUACCCACUCAUUUCUUCAUUGUUUAAUCUCUCUUUCUCUCUCUUUUUCUCUGAAGACUGAAUGAAUCUCUGUCACUUUGUAGUGAGUAGUGACUUAGUGAGUAAGAGUGCCCAAAGAUAAAAAAAUUUAGCACACCCAUUCUUGGUAGUGAAUGGAAAUGGGUUUCUGGGUUUGGGUUUUCUCGCUGAUUUCAGUUGUAAUCUUUUUCAGCCCUUGUUCUUUUGCUCUCACUGAAGAUGGUCUUACAUUGUUGGAAAUAAAAAGCACUUUGAAUGACAGUAAGAACUUGCUCAGCAACUGGGUAGCUUCUGAUGAAUCUCCAUGCAACUGGACUGGCAUUUCCUGUUAUCCCCAGGAUCAACGAGUCCGCUCUAUUAACCUGCCGUACUUGCAACUAGGAGGGACUAUAUCUCCCAGCAUUGGUAAACUCAGUAGAUUACAGAGACUGGCACUUCACCAGAACAGCUUGCAUGGAUACAUUCCUAAUGAAAUUACCAACUGUACAGAUCUAAGGGCCUUAUAUUUGAGAGCUAAUUAUCUCCAAGGAGGUAUACCAUCAGAUAUUGGAAACCUUUCUCAUCUCACCAUAUUGGAUUUAUCAAGCAAUUUACUCAAGGGCGCUAUACCUUCUUCUAUUGGCCGUCUCACACGACUUCAGUCUCUGAACUUGUCCACUAACUUUUUCUCUGGCGAGAUUCCCGACAUAGGGGUUUUAAGCACUUUCAGUAGCCAAUCGUUUACUGGCAAUCUAGAUCUUUGUGGUCAACAAGUGCACAAGCCCUGUCGGACAUCACUAGGAUUUCCAGCAGUGCUACCUCAUGCCUCAAGUGAUGAAGCAGCAGUCCCUACCAAGCGAUCCUCUCAUUACAUGAAAGGAGUGAUGAUUGGUGCAAUGUCCACAAUGGGUCUUGCAUUGGUAGUUAUUCUUUCUUUCCUUUGGAUUUGUUUGCUAUCAAAGAAAGAAAGAGCUGCUAAGAGAUACACAGAAGUCAAGAAACAAGUAGAUCAAGAAUCAAGUGCUAAACUUAUUACUUUCCAUGGCGAUCUUCCAUACCCUUCAUCUGAGAUAAUAGAAAAGUUGGAGUCAAUUAAUGAAGAGGAUAUUGUUGGCUCAGGAGGGUUUGGUACUGUAUACCGGAUGGUUAUGAAUGAUUGUGGAACAUUUGCUGUUAAAAAGAUAGAUAGAAGUCGUGAAGGGUCAGAUCAAGUUUUUGAGAGGGAGUUAGAGAUCCUGGGCAGCAUCAAGCACAUAAACUUAGUAAACCUGCGAGGUUACUGCAGGCUCCCUGCAUCUAGGCUUCUUAUCUAUGAUUAUCUGGCUAUGGGCAGUUUAGAUGAUUUCUUGCAUGAACAUGGGCCUGAUGGUCAAACAUUAAACUGGAGUGCUCGGUUAAAAAUAGCCCUUGGUUCUGCCCGCGGAUUAUCAUACUUACACCAUGACUGCAGCCCAAAGAUUGUGCAUCGUGAUAUAAAAUCCAGCAACAUUCUCCUUGAUGAAAAUUUGGAGCCUCAUGUCUCUGAUUUUGGUCUGGCAAAGAUUUUGGUUGAUGAGGAUGCCCAUGUCACAACUGUUGUUGCUGGCACUUUUGGAUAUUUGGCACCAGAGUAUCUUCAAAGUGGUAGGGCCACUGAUAAGUCAGAUGUAUAUAGCUUUGGAGUCCUACUGCUGGAGCUUGUUACUGGAAAGAGACCUACUGACCCAUCUUUUGUAAAGAGGGGCUUAAAUGUUGUUGGUUGGAUGAACACGCUAUUGAAAGAAAAUCGGUUGGAAGAUGUAGUAGACAAAAGGUGCAAAGAUGCAGAUGCAGAAACUGUGGAAGCAAUUCUUGAAGUAGCUGCAAGGUGUACAGAUGCAAAUCCCGAUGACCGGCCAACAAUGAAUCAGGUACUGCAGUUGCUAGAGCAGGAGGCAAUGUCACCAUGCGCAAGUGAUUUUUACGAGUCCCACUCAGAUUGUUGUUAAGAGUGAUGGAAGUCUCUUACUAUUAUAGCAUUAUUCACUGCUGUGAAUGUUUUUUUCCCUUCUUGGGAGCCUGUAAAUUUUCUUUCGUUUUUAUUUUUUUUGGCUAGAAGCAAAUUGCAUUAUUUGGCAAUAUGGAUGUGCAUGUUGAAGUUGUCCAUCUACCUGUUUGUUUUGAAUGCUUUUAUAUGGUUAUUUUCCCCUCCCCAAGGAAUGGGAAUGCCAUGAUAGAGAAGCCCUACAUGUUUCUAAGAAUUAUGUCCAGUUUGGAAUUGUGUCUUUUCUUUUUCU